AUGACAAUUCUACUUCGCAUCGCGAGCGCAGUUCCCACGCUCCCCGAGUCAUCAUCCCCGCCGCUCUCCUCCACCGCCACAUCGCGCCUUCGCCUUCGUCCCCGUUCCCAUCGCCCGCCCGCUCGCAUCCCCGGCCCCCUCGCCCUCACCCUCACUCUCACCCACAACCCACAGCCCACAGCCUGCAGCCCUGCUCUGUGUUUUCAGGGUCGGCCGACAUCUGACACCGAUCCACGGACGUCCGACUUCCGCCUGCCGUACCACGGGGUGCGUCAGAUGCCUGCGACCCCGGACGUCGCCCGACACGGCCCCCCGCUCUCUCGAGCUCAUGCGUCCGCGCAGUUCCACGCCUAUCUUAUUCUGGGCCGCGGCAUGACGCCAUCCCGUGUUGCGUGUCAGUCAAGAGCCAGGUACGGGUUUCGGUCAAGUAAGCUUUGUUCGCACGGAGGGGACGCCGUUCGUCGAGGCGGCGGCGGCGGCGGCGGCACCCUUCUGAGUCUGUCUAGCUCUGCCGCGAGCGCACGCAUCGGCCACGCUCGCGUUCUGCAUUCUGCGUUCUGCGUUCUGCCGGCGACGCAAGAACCCACCCACGCCCUCCCGCCCUUGAAUCCAUCACAGCCCAGAACACCCGCACGGCCGACCGCACGACCGCAGGGUCGGGGGUCGUGGGACAAGCUUCUUUUUCUGGCAGAUGCACAGCGCCCGCCCGCGCUAGCAUAG